AUGGUGUCAAAGGAUCAAACGUCCUUUAAUAAGAGGUGGACCUUGGGUCUUCUGAUGUUGGGUCUAGUUAUUAUUUUGUGGGUUUUAUCGUCUUUUCUGAUAAACUUGAUAUUUGAGGAUGAUUCGUAUAAGAAGCCGUUCUUCAUCACAUAUAUCAAUACUGCAGCCUUUAUUUUUUAUCUCUUUCCAACUGCGAAGGCCGUGAUGGUGAACUACAAAGACACAGGCUGCGCGAACGUUCAUCGCGAACUAAUUAUGGAGGAAGAAGGCACUGGCAGUGAUGGUAAUGACUCGGUUGAUAUAAGCAGUCCUUUACUGACGAACCUCGAAGCAGGUACGCAGGCAAGUUACAAGAAGAGGCUGACAUUGUAUGAAACAAUCAAGCUAAGUGCAGAGUUCUGCAUACUUUGGUUUACAGCGAACCUUGUGACCAAUGCCUCGUUAGCAUUUACAUCAGUGGCAUCGCAGACAAUUCUUUCUACUACUUCUUCCUUUUUCACUCUGUUUAUAGGUGCUAUCUGUCAUGUUGAAUCGUUAAACAAGUCGAAAAUACUGGGGUCUUUCAUUUCAUUUGUUGGCAUAAUUAUGGUCACCAAAUCAGACUCUGAUCAGCAUUAUCAACGUCACAUCGUAGACGUCAGCGGCGACGAUAACGACACUAUGCGGGCUCUUAUGGGCAACUUGUUGGCGCUUGCAGGGGCCGUAUUGUAUGGUGUAUACAGUACGUUGUUGAAAAGAGAAGUCGGAGAUGAGACUCGUGUCAAUAUGAAGAUAUUUUUUGGCUUUGUUGGUCUCUUUAAUUUGCUCUUCCUAUGGCCAUCGCUGAUAGUGUUAGACUUUUUUGGCUGGGAACCGUUUGCUCUGCCCAAGGAUCCUAAAGUUAUCAUCAUCAUCCUUGUCAACUGUCUCAUCACAUUUAUUAGCGACUUCUGUUGGGCAAAAGCUAUGUUAUUAACAAGUCCUUUGACUGUCACCGUAGGAUUGAGCAUAACGAUUCCACUAGCAAUGUUUGGAGAUGUAAUAUUCAAGCACAAAACCAUGUCCGUGCUCUAUUUAUUUGGUGCUACCCUCAUUUUAGGCUCAUUUUUCAUCAUUAAUAAAAACUCUGAGGAGGAUCAUUUUGAAAAUUCAAUAACGGCAAGCCAUUAUGAAUCGGUUGAACCACCAGUAGCAGACAACUGA